AUGCAGCCGCAAUAUAUCAAGAGAACGUUACUGAAGGCUCAGCAGAUGAAGAAGGAUGUCAGCAAGAGGAUGGGAUAUGCCCCUGGUUCUUUGCUUAUUGAUUUCUCUAUCGAGGGUGGGAAGAAUACUCUGGGUACUCAGUACAUUAUGCAGUAUGCCGACCAUGCUACGAUGAUGCUCUAUCGUAACGCUAUUGACGGUGACUAUGCAGAUGAUCUCGUUUAUCGUAUGAAUUAUAUGAUGACAGAACAGUGUGCUGUGUGUACUCAACCAGGAUGGGAGAACUUGAAGGCCAAGAUCACCAUCAUGUUGGAAGGUUCUUGCACUGUUGGUAAAUACUGCCACAAGCUUUCUAUGUGUGCUUACGAUGCCUCAGCUUAUCCCAACUCCACUGGUGGUAUUGAAUAUGCAUGGGAGUUGCUCAACGAGUUGAAGGCCCGUACGGUUUCUGAUGGUAUUCUCACACGAGAGCAGUUCGAUUUCCUCUUCGACAUCCACGGUUCGUUGUUUGCUAUUCAUGACUGGGAAUGGGUUAGGUGUUAUUAUAGCGAUAACUUUUCUCGCGAGAUGGGUUAUUCUAAUUGUCUUCAUGAAUACCACACCUCCGCGAACAAGUGCCGAACAGAAUGAACUGUUCAUCAUAUAACAAAACGCAAGAGGCCUCACAUAAGUGCCUUGACACGAUCGAUUUUUUUCUGAAUUUUAGAAAAUGAUCUUCUCUUUUCACUAAGCAGACUUCUCGCUCUUGAUUGUCGUUUCCCAUGAUGAGCUCCCUUGCUCUUUUGGGAGUCAUUUUCUGUA